AACACAACUCAAAAGAAAAUCCCUCUCUAACCCUUAUUUAAACCUUUGUGUGGGUCAUUUCAUAACACAAUUACAAUUCAUUACAUACUCUCUCCUCUUCUUCUUUCCUUUCUUGAUUCUAUUCAUACAAAAAAACUAUGGAGUUAGAGAAAGAAAUGAGAAAAUCAAAAUUCAAGAGAAUUUGUGUAUUUUGUGGUAGUAGCCCUGGCAAGAAAACUAGUUAUAAGGAUUCUGCUAUUGAACUUGGAAAAGAAUUGGUUGCAAGAAACAUUGAUCUUGUUUAUGGAGGAGGGAGUAUUGGAUUGAUGGGAUUAAUUUCUCAAGCUGUUUAUGAGGGUGGCCGCCAUGUCUUAGGAGUCAUCCCCAAGACACUCAUGCCCAGAGAGCUAACUGGAGAAACAGUUGGGGAAGUGAAAGCAGUUGCUGAUAUGCACCAAAGGAAGGCAGAGAUGGCUAGACAAUCUGAUGCCUUUAUUGCUUUACCUGGUGGUUAUGGGACCCUUGAGGAGCUUCUUGAAGUCAUAACUUGGGCCCAACUUGGUAUCCAUGACAAACCGGUUGGAUUGCUGAAUGUGGAUGGAUAUUACAACUCAUUGUUAUCAUUUAUCGACAAAGCAGUAGAGGAAGGCUUUAUUAGUCCAACUGCUCGCCAUAUUUUAGUCUCUGCUCCCAACCCUAAAGAAUUAGUCAAGAAAAUGGAGGAGUAUUUUCCAAGGCAUGAAAUAGUUGCCUCAAAGCAAAGCUGGGAGAUUGAACAAUUAGGGCAUUCUCCUAAAUGUGAAAUUUCAAGGUGAAGGCAAGAAUGAUGAUUUGGCAAAGAAAUGGUCUCAUUUUAGAUUUUACCAAAAUGCUCCCAUAUGUGGCCUUUUGUUUUCAAUCCCAUCAUGUUGAUUUUUCACUUUAAUUCUUUUUCCUGUUUUUCUUUUUGUUGUAAAAUAGACGAGGUGAAAUCUAAUCAGAACCUUGAUUAUGUUCUUCAAUGAGAAAUUUGGUGUUAUUUUAUUA